AUGCAUAUAUUCUUAACUCAGAUUAAUUCAGUGUUAAAAAAUCAAAUAAUUUUAGAUAAAGUCAGAAUUGUGCGUCAAUAUGCUAAUAACUGGCGCAGUGUGUAUAAAAUUAUUGACAAGACUACUAGUGUUGCUGUUGCAUGGGCCUUACAUUUUCUUUCGCAAGAUAUUGAUGUACAAAGUGUCCUUAGAAAUGAAUUAUUAAAAGCUUUUCCGGAUAAAGAUUUUAUCCCUACCUUUGAUCAAAUAAAUUCUUUGGAAUACUUGAAUUGUGUUGUUAAAGAAACUCUGAGAGUAAAUCCUGCAGUUCCAAUGACUGUACGUACAUCGAAAAAUGAUGAUGUCAUCAAUGGAUACAAAAUUCCCAAGGGCACACCAAUAUUUAUUUUUGUAAACACAAUUCACAGACUCCCUUCAAUAUGGGGUUCAGACGCGUCCGUAUUUAAACCUUCACGUUGGUUAGAUCCUAACCUCGCAUCAAUUCAAACAAAUUAUACUUACAUUCCGUUCUUAACGGGUCCUCGUUCUUGUAUUGGUAAUAAAUUAGCUUUAAGUGAAUUUAAGGUCAUGUUGGCAAUUUUAAUAAGAAGUUUCAAAUUUACAAAAAUUGAGGGUUUCGAAGUGAAAAGCAAAUUAGCAAUUUCUCUUAGACCCGAUCCUACUAUUAAGCUUUGGGUUGAACAAGUGAAUUAA